AUGGCAACUGAGAAAGGAAACGUCGUUGGCACGAAAGCACAGGAGCAAGCUCAUGCACAACAGGAGCAAGCUCACCCCAGGUCCAAGCGAGAGCGAGGCCAGAGCAGGCACCCGCAGGAAGUGAGAACUACUAUAGGGGGACUCAAUGAUCAACUUAACAAUCUCAUCCAAGAGAAUGCUAAGAUAACGCGGGCUGCCAAGUUGAUGAUUGCAGACCUUAACGAUGAUUUAAGGGAAGACAUUCGUUCCCUCAGACGUGAUCUCGCCGAUCUCCGCAAAUAUGUAAGAGAUGAGGGUCUGAAAGUGCCCAAGCCGGCCAUGUACAAUGGGGCUCGUAGUGCUACAAUUGUGGAGAACUUUCUCUUUGGGCUAGAACAGUACUUCGAGGCCAUGGGAGUCUCUAAUGACUUGAUCAGAAUCAACAAUGCUUCAACUUUUCUCCGAGAUGCAGCCCAACUAUGGUGGUGCAGAAAGCAUGCUGAACGAGAGAAGGGCAUCUGCACUCUCAACACAUGGGAGCUGUUCAAGUCAGAACUCCGCAAGCACUUUGUUCCCCACAAUGCUGAGACAGAGGCUAGAGGUAAGCUUCGCAGAUUGAGACAAACUAGUAGUAUUCCUGACUACAUUAAAGAAUUUACUACCAUCGUGCUCGAGAUCGAGGACCUGUCCGACAAGGAGGCUCUUUUCUACUUCAUGGACGGACUUAAAGACUGGGCGAGAGUAGAACUCGAUAGACGCAAAGUGCAAACUCUAGAUGAGGCAAUUGCUGCUGCUGAGUGCAUAAUCGACUACUCCACCAAGUCCAAAAAGCCUAAUCCUAGUAACAGUGAAGGAGACAAAGGAGGACAAAAGAAGAAUUUCGAUCGUAAGGAUGGUGGUACAUUCUUUGGUGGGAGUUCUAGACAAGAUAGACCACCCUCAAUCAAGCGUGAUGCUCAAAGUCACCGAAGCCAUACUUCAUGUGCGAUGGUCCACACUGGACUCGAAGAGAAAGGUCUACUUUAUGCUGAUCUUGCUAUUCAGGGCAAGUCUGCGUCUGCCAUGCUCGACACAGGAGCAUCCCACAACUUCAUAGAGGUUGAAGAAGCCAAGAGAUUAGGUAUCCAGCUCAACAAGGGAGAAGGCACCAUCAAGGCAGUGAACUCCCCAGCCAAACAAGUCCUUGGGAUUGCCAAGGAUGUGAAGGUGAAGAUCGGGGACUGGCAAGGUACGUUAGACUUUACUGUUGUCCCUAUGGAUGAUUUUAAAGUUGUGUUGGGACUUGCUUUCUUUUGCAAAGCACAUGCCUUCCCUAUUCCCGAAGCCAAGUCUAUGGUGGUCAUUGACUCUAACAUGAUCCGGGUAAUUCCUUUGAAACGCUUGGAGAAACCCAACCCUAUGAUUUCUGCCUUGCAAUUCAAGAGGAGUCUCAAGAACUCAGAAGGGUAUAUUGUCACUGUACGUUCAUUGGCUGAGGAAGAGGAUGGCCCAACCAAGCCACGGGAAACCUUGCCACCUUGCAUCCAAGAGGUGCUACAGGAGUAUAAGCACGUUAUGCCCGAUGAGUUGCCCAAGAAACUACCUCCUAGAAGAGAGGUAGACCAUCAGAUCGAGUUAGAGCCUGGUGCCAAACCACCUGCCUUGGCACCUUACCGCAUGUCACCUCCAGAACUUGCAGAGUUAAGGAGACAACUGCAAGAUCUCCUUGAUUCUGGAUAUAUUCAACCAUCUAAGGCCCCAUAUGGUGCUCUAGUCCUCUUUCAGAAGAAGAAGGAUGGAUCGUUGUGA